UCGCUGUGUGGCCUCCAGUCCAUUGGGGGUCGCUGUGUGGCCUCCAGUCCAUUGGGGGUCGCUGUGUGGCCUCCAGUCCAUUAGGGGUCGCUGUGUGGUUUCUCCCCCAGUGGUGGCCUCCGAGGUGCGGGGGGUUUCCUGGCGGCGGCUCCAGCCACAGAGAGACAGUAACGCACAGUGAGAGGGACACGUACUGAAGCCGCGAUGGAGACCGAGGCGGAGAGCAGACCCCGGGCCCAUCACAGCCCGGAGGAGGAGGAGCGGUUGGAGAAGGAUCAUUUCUGGAAAAUCAUCAACGCCUUUAGAUACUACAGGAUAUAUGCUCAUGAAAGGGUAACCCGUUCCGAAAAACAAUUUAGAUCUCUUUCAGCAUCUCACCGCAAGCUGCUUCCUAACUUCCUCCCCCACGUGAACAAAUUGAGGGAAUGCAUCGAACAUAAUUAUGAGAUCCUGAAAGCGAUCAUUAACAACUGCAACCAUAUGUUUGAAAAUAAGGAGUAUGGAGAGAUUGACAUUGAGGGUGAUUUGGGACCAUUAAAACCAGCGUCCACUUUUGACAUGGAUAAAUUGAAGUCCACCAUCAAGCAGUUUGUGCGAGACUGGAGCGCGGAUGGCCAAGCAGAACGGGAUACCUGUUAUCAACCAAUCAUUGAUGAAAUCCUAAACUUUUUCUCUUUGGAUAAAUGCAAUCCUGCUGAUGUUAGCGUGCUCGUACCAGGAGCAGGACUUGGAAGACUUGCGUGGGAGAUUGCCAGACUAGGCUUUAACUGCCAGGGUAACGAGUGGAGUCUAUUUAUGCUCUUCUCUUCACAUUUUGUACUUAACAGAUGUCCUGGAGUUAACACAAUGACACUUUAUCCCUGGAUCCAUCAGUUUAGUAACAACAAGAGAUCAGCUGAUCAGAUUCGACCAGUGUAUUUCCCUGACGUUAAUCCUCAUAGUCUUCCAUCUUAUGCAAACUUUUCUAUGACAGCAGGAGACUUUCAGGAGAUAUAUGUGGAACCAAAUACGUGGGACUGUGUAGCAACAUGUUUCUUUAUUGACACAGCGCAUAAUGUUGUUGAUUACAUUGACACAAUAUGGAAAAUUCUGAAGUUUGGAGGAAUCUGGAUAAAUCUCGGUCCUUUGCUGUACCAUUUUGAAAAUAUGGCAAAUGAAAACUCAAUAGAACUGAGUUACGAAGACAUCAGGCAUGUCAUUGUUCAAUAUGGAUUUCAAUUAGAGAUGGAAAAGAACUCUGUAGCAUCCACAUACACAGAAAAUGACCAAUCCAUGUUAAAAUACCUUUAUGACUGUGUCUUCUUUGUAGCCAGAAAGCCAAAACACUCAUCCAACCUGAAUGGUUUUCCACCAACAAAUUGUUGAGAAAGGAAACUUUCAUCUCUUCUGGGGGAGAACAGACAGUAUAUAAAGCUGGUGAAGAAGGAGUUACUUGGGAGUCAGAACAAUAUAAAUGACUUGGACUACUCUGCUCCAGUCGUGCCUUUUUCUUUUUAAAAUCGACUUCAGGAAAUUCAAAACUUCCAGUGGUUCAGUGGAUGCCUACGAAUGUGCAAUGAAAUGAGGAAUGAUUAUUGUGAUGGGCGAACAGAGAAAAGCUAAACAAGAGAAACUGGUCCCCAAGAUAUAAAUGUCAAUUAGUUGUAGUAAGAAUGCAAAAAUAUUUGCAAUUCUGGGCUUUGCAUAUAAUGGCCACGGUGGUGUUUUUGGACUGUCAUUAAGCCAUGGUAGCUGAUAAGCUACUGCCUCUCAAGCCAAUUUGUUUUCAUGAGUUUAUAAUUCUUUACACAAGUAUUUAAAAACAAGGUUUGUUGUUGUGUUCUCUCUACACUUCACUGACCUAAAUCUUACUGUAUCAGAUGAAUGUUUUGUAAAAAUACCACUAUGCAUUUUCAGACUUUUUUAACAUGAUGAGUGAAAUGUUAAGACUUUAUCAAUGGAUUAGGAGCUCAUUCAGUAUCUUUGUAUGAGCUUUUUUUUAGCAAGAAAUCUUUUGGCAUAUCAAUGCACUGUUACAAAGUGAUAUUGUGAAGACUGGGGAAUAUCACACAGCACCAAGAACUAGGGAGAUCAUCAUCAAUGCUGUGGUAGGCUAAAACAAUGUAACACAACACCCCAGAAUGUGCUGUUUUGUAUUGCUGCUGGGCACUAUGGUCAUCUGUAUUGAAACUGCUGCCAUCACAUCAAACAGAAUCCACUUUCAAUAUCCUUCUAUUUUAUUUAUAUCAGUGCAGUAUUAAUCCCUAAAGAGUAUUUUUUUUUAAAAAUCUCUUAGCAAUAAUGAACUGAAAAGAUAUAUAUCAAGACUUUUUUUAAACUAGACAAUAAUCUGUUUUAGCACUUCAUAAAAUCCUUGAUAUAUACAGUACUUGACUUAAUGUUCGUUAUUGCUUAUUCAACAUUUGUUGCUCAUACUUUUUACCAGUAUGUGACCGAUAUAUACAGGAUAUGCUGUUCACUUGUAACAUAGUACAAUAAAACCCUGGUGUUCAAAUCGCAUGGCACAAUCGUGUCUCUGUUACACAAUACAAGAUUUGAUUGUGAAAAAUCCUUUUUGUCUGUCACGAUGCCUAGAUGCAGCUAAGUAAAAUUGAGAAGCAGAAUAAAAUUGCCCUCAUUAACUUGUA